AUGCCUCAUAGUCUGAAGAGCGAGUGCAACAAGCUUGAACUAAGCCUUCAGGCCCAAAAUGAGGCUCCAGACCUGAUGGGUGCACAGGUUCCUAUAACUGAGGAAGAAUCUGCCACCUCCUCUCUCUCUCCUUUGGUCCAGGGCACCCCAGAGGCGGUGCCUGCUGCUGGAACACCAAGUGUUCCCCAGAGUUCCCAGAGAGCCUGCUCCUCCCCCACUGCCAUAAUAGCCACUCCAUCGAGUCAAUCUGAUGAGAGUUCCAGAAGCCAAGAAGAGGAGGGGCCCAGCACCCCGCAGCCUCCAGCACACCCCGAGUCCUUGCUCACUGAUGUGCUACACAAGAAGGUGGCUGAAUUGGUGCAGUUCCUGACUGAAAAGUAUAUGACAAAGGAGCCCAUCACGAAGGCAGAAAUGCUGAAAAGCAUCCUCAAAGAGCACAGGGACCACUUCCCUGUGGUCUUCAAGAGAGUCUGUCAGUGCAUGGAGGUUGUCUUUGGCAUUGAAGUGAAGGAAGUGGACCCCACCAACCAUUCCUACGUGCUCGUCAAAACACUAGACCUCACCUACGAUGGGAUGCUGAGUGAUGUCCAAGGCAUGCCCAAGACCGGCCUCCUGAUACUUGUCCUGGGCAUAAUUUUCAUGGAGGGCAAUCGUGCCCCUGAAGAAAAAAUCUGGGAAGUACUGAAUAUGAUUGGAGUAUAUGCUGAGAAGAAAGAUUUCAUCUAUGGAGAGCCGAGGAAGCUCAUCACCAAAGAUUUAGUGCAGGAAAAGUACCUGGAGUACCGGCAGGUGCCCAACAGCGAUCCUGCUCGCUACGAGUUCCUGUGGGGUCCCAGGGCCCACGCUGAAACCACAAAGAUGAAAGUCUUGAAGUUUUUCACCAAAGCCAUUGGGACUGACCCAACUUCCUUCCCAAUCUGGUAUGAGGAAGCUUUGAGAGAUGAGAAAGAGCGAGCUGAUACCAGAGUUGCCACCAGCAAUGGUACUACUGACACAGCCAGUUCUAGUGUCAUGUCCUGUCCUGAGUGA